CAGAUCAUUCUCAUAUAUAUUAUCCACACAAUAUAUUAAGACAGAAAACAUUUAUUGCUAUCUCUCACCUGUAUUUAGUUUCUUGGAUUAUUUUUUUCAAAGAGUAAGAUCCAAUCCAUGAAAAUAGCUAGUCUUCUCAAGUUUUAAUGAUACAUAAUUUGUACGCGCAAAUAUUUCUCUCUCACCUCUCUCUACAACGGCCUAAAUCCAAUUCUAUAUAUAUUGUUGUCAUUUCUUGCAUACCCUUUUUGUUUCAGAAACAUUUUCUUUGAAGGAAGAAGAAAAAAUAUCGUCUUUUUAUUGUUUUUUUGAAUAUGCAAAUCAAGAAAUCUUUCUCAAUGUCCUCUCGCACAGGAAGAGAUUUGCAAAGAUACAAUCGUGGUUGUCGUCAAGUUGUUGGAUGCAUUCCAUAUAGAUGCAAGAAAACGGACCCAUCAUCAUGUGUUCAGGGUAACCCUAUAGAUAAUUUGGAAUUUUUAUUGAUCAGCUCACAGAAGAAUCCAAGAAUGAUGUUUCCUAAGGGUGGUUGGGAAAUUGAUGAAUCAUUGGAAGAGGCAGCUUCAAGAGAGACCUUUGAAGAAGCUGGAGUGGUUGGUGAGGUUGAGGUUCAGGAAUAUUUAGGUACCUGGAGUUUCAAAAGCAAAAGCCAAGGCACAUUUCAUGAGGGUCACAUGUUUCCUCUGCGUGUCACGGAGGAACUAGACGAUUGGCCUGAGAAAACUGUUCGUCGGCGUUUAUGGGUGAAAUUUAGUGAAGCCAGGGAAGUAUGUUGGCAUCCCUGGAUGAAAGAAGCAUUGGAUGUCUUUGCUUCUAAGGUGUCAAAGAGAAAAGAAGGGACUCAGUUAUACCAUUUCAAGGACUUGUCGGAUGAAAAUACUGUAGUGUGUUGUAGCUAAACCAAUACUACCAUUUAUUGUAAAGCCAAGAAGGCUAGCAAGCAUUCUUCAAUGAUCAAGAGCCAAGGAUUAGGUGCCACAUUCUCUUUCUGUAACAGCCCUGUCUGUGCGGGCUUCGGCCCAAAGUGGAUAAUACUUUAAUAGUUGGAACACGGUGUUACACUUUCCCAAAAGCCAAAUACUACCAUACUGAGCCCAUACUUCAUGCCCUUCUUGAAUUGGAAUCGUUGAGUUCAGAUUCAGAGUUGACUGAACGACUUCAUCUUAAUGAGUAGCUUACUGAUGAACCUAGAAUCAGUACUCCAAAGCCAAGCCAAUUAGUACUCCAUGUUAAGUGAAGAACAGGGAAUGAACACCAAAUCCAAGAGAAGGUUCAAUGAUCACAAACGAACAAACAUUGUUGCACAAAGUUAGCAAUGAAAGGAAGGAAGAAAGCUGUUCGACAUUAUGAACCAAGAAUCAGUUUUGUAGCUUUAAGUCCUUGAAUCGAUGGCUAUUGGAUAGAGUUCUUAGAAAUCUGAAAGCAAGAAUCAGCAUACAUUGUAUAGCAACUGAAAGUGCACAACAAAUUACAAGAUAUCGAAGGAACCUUUCGAACCUUAUUUUACAUGACAACUUGAAAUGCCGGGAAUCGGUAUUAUUCUGCAACCAAAUGGAAGAGACAAUAUUUGGAUGUGUUACUGCCUUACUGUGACACCUUGUUUAAGAUGGUGGUGAGAACUAGCAUCUUGGACUUUAUCAACUUUCUCAAAUUGUGCUGCCUGCUCAAGCUACCAAAGGAAGAGGUGAAAAGUUGAUAAUGGGGGAUUCAUAUGAAAGUAGAGAGAACUAGAGGACAUGGGUUCAUUUAGGGGUUAAUUGUAGAUGUUAUGCACAAAAAAUUUCCUGACUUUUUAUUUAA